CUUGCGUUCUGCUUGAGCUCUCCGACCUUUUUGACAGAUAAACAUGAAGAUUGUAACAUGGAACAUAAACGGGAUACGAACAUUUAAAAAUGGUAUCAAGAAAAUUCUGGAUUCAUUUGAUGCCGAUAUAAUCUGCGUUCAAGAGACUAAAGUUACCCGUGACCUGUUGGAUGAGAAAACAGCGAUUGUUGAUGGCUACAAUUCAUACUUUAGUUUUAGCCGAGGACGAGGUGGAUACUCAGGUGUCGCGACCUACUGUAAAGAUACCGCUACUCCAUUCCUGGCCGAGGAAGGAUUGACAGGUCUGAUCGCCAAUCAGGGAGAGGCUGUUGGUUGCUAUGGUGACCAGUUAGAGUUGUCCAGUGAUGAGCUUCUGGCACUAGACAAUGAAGGAAGGGCUGUCAUCACCCAGCAUCACUUCAUGGGGAGAGAUGGACCACAGAAGCUGACUGUUAUCAAUGUUUAUUGUCCUCGAGCUGACCCGGACAAACCUGAGAGAAAACAGUACAAGCUGCAGUUUUACCAACUCCUCCAGUGCAGAGCUGAAGCCAUCUUGAGCUCGGGGAGUCAUGUGAUCGUUUUGGGUGAUGUGAACACCUCUCACAGACCCAUAGACCACUGCAACCCAGAUGAUGUGGAUAACUUUGAAGAUAAUCCUGGGAGGAAGUGGCUGGAUCAUUUCCUGUUUGAAACAGAAGAAAAUACAGAAAAUGGAAAUACUGAAGAUGAUCUUGCAGACAUCUCCCAGAAUUCUGCCUCUGGUGGCAAGUUUGUGGACUCUUUCCGCCAUUUUCACCCAAAGCGCUCCAAUGCCUUCACGUGCUGGUCUACACUCACGGGUGCCAGGCAGACCAACUACGGCACACGCAUCGACUACAUCUUCUCUGACCGCCCUCUGGUGGAGACGGGCUUUAUUGGCGUGGACAUUAUGCCAGAGGUGGAGGGAUCCGAUCAUUGUCCUGUAUGGGCGCAGCUCAGCUGUACCCUCCAGUUUAGUCCGAAGUGCCCGCCCCUGUGCACACGGCACAUGCCAGAGUUCAUUGGCAAACAGCAGAAACUUUCACGCUUCUUAGUAAAAGUUCCUGAGAAACAGAGCGUUUCUAAAGGGAGUGUAGAGAGUCUACCUGGAUCACAGGAUGCUGGGGAAAUUCGGGAAAACCUGAAUCCUGUGGUACAGGGGAACAGUGUUGCAAAGAAGAGACCUACAGAUAGAGAAGCAGACACAAAUGGACACAAAGCCAAAAGAAGCAAGCAGACGAAAACGGAAAGUAAUGCUAAAGGAAGUCUUUUAGCUUUCUUUAAGCCUAAACAAACACUGUUGAUACCUUCAAGGGGGAACUUGGGCUUAAAACAGGCAGAAUCCUCUCAGGAUGGCCCUGGUAGUGAGAGCAACACUAGAAGCUGCCCCAGUGAUGCGCAAAAGGAGACAAAUCUCUCCAAGUUAACGGAGAUGGAGAAUGAAAAUCAGGAUGAAGUGGAAGGAGAAUCUACAUCCAUAGACAAGUCAAAGGACUGUAAGAAAGGGCCAUGCACUGGUUUUUGGAAAACUGUUUUGCAUGGGCCUCCUCAGCCGCCACUUUGUAAAUCACACAAUGAGCCCUGUGUUUUAAGGACUGUGAAAAAAGCAGGACCUAAUCUAGGCCGGCAGUUUUUUGUAUGUGCCCGUCCUCAAGGCCAUGCCUCCAAUGCUCAGGCCAGGUGUAAUUUUUUCGCCUGGGUAGAAAAAGGAAAAUAGAUUAAAGUCAAGGAAUCUUUAUGCAUACUGUAUUUCAUGUUUUGAGUGUACAUGUAUGUGCACUGUGUUGGUUUUAUAUGUACCAUUUUUAUUGUUCAACUAACAAUAGAGACAGAAAUAAAUAAUGCUCUUUUUCA